CAACAUUCAAAUGUCGUCCGUUACAUUUCGAAAUAUAUCUAAAACAGUACCUAUAUUAAAAGACGUGUUUUGUUUCAUAUUUUAUUUGUAUUGAAAAAGCAUUAAAACAAACCUGAUGGUUAUAUAAAAUGAGCGGCAAAAAGUUAAGCAGUGAUGAAGUGCCACAAAAGUUUAUCGAAUGGUUGCUGGCAAUGGAAUGUCCUACAGAAAAUAUACCUUCCAUCGAAAAGAUGAUUGGGAUGUGCAGAGGGCAAUACUAUAUGGUAUGGCGCAGCCUCAUGGAGCAUGUUGAGGAAAAAGAUGUGAUUAGUUACAAGAGGCUGACAGUGUUUGAUGAUGAUGUCAAACUGUGUCAGGAGAAGAAAUUGCUUAAUGAGAGAGGCUCCAGUCCACUACUACCAGAACAGCUGUCACUGUGGAAGGAGCACACAGAAGUCAAAGAAAUGGUAGCAGAAGCAGAGGAACGCGUCUUAAAGGCGAGAACAGUGUUGAAUGAACUUAUGGAUAAGGUGUCUAGAAAAGUUAUUCAACGAAAGUCGUCGCGGCAACGCAUAGCAGACUUGCAGCGUCGGUCGUGGCUGCUCAGUCAGGUGUUCAGCGAGCUCACAACAAGGAUAGCCAAUCUGAAGGAGACGAGGGCCAUCGCUGACACUCUGUGUGAUGUUGAGAAGGAACAGAAUGAUAUACAGAACAAAUUCGAUAAAUGCAUAGCCCUGCUCCGACAGCAGAAAAGCAAAUCCAGCACUCUAUCACUGUCCACUCCCUUAGCAAGCUCCUCCCUUGUGUCUAACCAUGAAAAUGAGACAACUAGCAAUGAAACAGACGAUUAUGUUAAGUCUUUCGUAAACUGUAGAGGCGAUGUCCUAUGGCCGCGUUUGAUUGAAAAACAAAAUACACUUUACUCCAGACUAACCGAAGCCUAUACGAAGCAAGUUGACGUUACAAAUAACAGAACUUAUAAACGAUCUAUACUCGGGUACACAGAAGCAUUGCAAUCAACAUUGGCACUUGAAGCUAUCAAGAAUAGAGCUCAUUUUCAAAGAACCCAGCAAAAGUUGACUGUAUCUAUUGAAGACCUUAGCAGCUACGUAACCGAAGAUGCAUUCGAAUUGUUAAUACUUAAAGUCCAAAGAGCCUAUACUGCAGCAAGGGUUAAGUCCCUUAAAGCCUUGUUAGAAGACCUAACAGCAAGGCGCGGAGUGUUCGACUGCGGGGACGACCGCAGUCGCGCCGCCGUCGACGCGCAGGCGACGCUGGGGAGCAUCGCUAGUGUUAACAAGAGUAUUGUAAAAACACGGGAAGAACUUGAGAGACUGAUAUGGUUAUCGCUCAGUACUGAACGAAAGAUAUACAACAUCAGGGAAUGUUUGCUAGCGGUAUUCAUCGCCUUGUACAACAGCACAGAUAUUUCGUACAACGCGCUAGCAACAGGAGUCCAGUUAGAUUUUCCAACGGAGUCGAUACCCCUUCUCUGCCAGUUCUACAAGAAGAGGCGCGAAAGAGCCGCCAAUGUUGGCAACCUUAGUUUUAAUUUCGAUAUGUCUGAUCAAUCGUUUGGUGAUGUACCAGAUAAUCCAACAUUCGUAGAUGAAUUGAAUGUGUAUUUGAAGAAAUUCAAUUUGGAGAACAAUAGAAAACUUGUGCUGGAUAAUGGCGAAGAGAUCUGGAUAUUCGAAACGGUACAAGCAUUGUCAUCGAGACUACUAAAGAGAUGGGUGGCCGAUGACGUCACAAUCCUGCUGCAUCCCUCCGUCCGUGUAUCGCGAGCUCUGCGACUCCUGCACGAUGACACGCGCCUGCCGCGCCCUGCACCCCGCCCUUCAGAUGACUCCUUACGAUAUACUAUUCCAGAUUUAACAGCCAUAAAGAACCAUGAGGAAGAUACAGUAGACAAAAUGAAAAAGACCAUCACAGAAAAUCUGAAUUUGCUUAAGAAAGUGCACAAAAAGCUAGACGCUUGCGAGGAAAACUUGGACUUUUGGUCCAAACAUCAGCUCAAGACGUAUAUUUCUACCAAAAGGAUGGUAGAUGGCAAGACAUACAAGGAAUAUGAAGAACUAUAUAUAGAGAAAUUGAAUUAUUGGUAACUGACAACUGAUUCGGCUAAAAUUGAAUAAUAGCCUGACCAGAAAUAUAAAAAGCUUGCUUUGGGCUAAGGGAUUUAUGCAUUUUAAUUGCAAUAAGUACUUAUAUGGUCUUGUAUAAAUUAGUCCCGAAGAUUUUCCGCAAUAUGUCGAGGUAUUUUAUUUUUCUGGUCAGGCUAUACCUUUAUAUGCAUAAUAUAUAUAGACUAUGUACGGUCGGCCUCAGAAUUCGAGUAGCGAUUCAGCGAAAUUAUUGGAUCAAAAACCUGUCGCACUUAUGACCUUUUUGUAUAAACACGCCCCACAUACCUAACGCAUGCGCAUUACCGUGCCACACGAAUAUGAUCAUUGAGGUGCUAAACGACUUACGGCCUUUGACUGUACACUUCUGGAUAAAGUAGCGUUCUAAUGAUGAAAGAAUUAUUAAAAUCAGUUCAGUAUUUUCAGAGUUUAUUGCUUAAAAAAUAAGUCUUUCCUCUUUAUAAUAUCUAUGGUUAAACACAACUGGAUCAGGAUAUUUAAGUUUUGAUAUUUGGUGACUGCUGGCCUCCUGGUUUACCCGUUUGGACUGUGUUCCCAGAACCCAGUUCCCAGAAGUAUAAUUGUAUAAGCUAGGAUUUCCAAGCCACAUUGAUUUCUAAAAAUUUUAGCCACCAAUAUUUCAGCAGAAUAAGUAUCCAGUAAAAAAUGAAAAAUAUUGUAUUAGAUCCAUUACUCAGUAGUGGGCCGGUGCGGCGAUAGGUUGAUGAUUAAUGAAAUAAAAGUUUGAAACAAG